CUGUUGCAGAAGAGCUAUUCUAGCUGCACAGAAGUUUGUCCAGGUGACCCCAAUGGAAGUGGACAUCCUUUUUCAAUUGGCAGGCUUAUCAGAGUCGCCUGGGUGUGUUGGAUUAGCAGACAUUGAAAGAAUUGCACCAUUAGAGGAAGGAGCUCUCCCCUAUAACUUGACAGAGGCUCAAAGACAGCAGUCUGCAGGUGAUGUGUCUCUGAUCCAGGUAGCGGAGUCAGCCUACAGGUUCGGUCUUGGUUCAAUUGCUGGAGGCUACUGUGGCAGGGUGACUGAUGGUCUGACGUCACGGCAGAAGCAGGAACAAAAAAUACUGACACCAAGGCAGUACUGCAGUUCAAAGUGAAUGACUUUGUCAGAGGAAAAAGUGCUCAGAAAGAUGGCUCUGUUCCACUCUUUGCAGAAAUUUUAGCUGGUGGUUGCAUGAACUAAAAUAUCAAAGAGUGUCUUGUUUAGGCUGGAAGCUCCCAGGUGAUUUUCACCAACCCUCUGGAGAUGGUGAAGAUCCGAUUGCAGGUGGCUGGAGAGAUCACCACUGGUCCUCAUGUCAGUGCGCUGUCUGUCAUACGGGAUCUGGGAUUCUUUGGGCUUU